GCGGCGGGAUGGAAAGCAAGGGCCUCUGAAGACCUGGCAACGCCUGAUUUCGGGAGUGCUAAUCAUGCUGAGGAGCGCGGAGAGGGAAGGACAGUAAGGAACUAGUCGGCCAAAGUUUCUCCGGGCCCAGGGACUCUGGCGCGUUUUGGGAAGCGCGGCUGAACACGCCAGGCGGCUUCUGGUGGCCACCAAGGGUUUUCCUGCCACAGGAAGUUAGGCCUGGCCGCUGGGAAACGGAGGAAUGAGAAAGCGGUGACGGCACCCCGCCCCGCAGGUGACUGUCCCACCCAGGGAGCUGAAUGUAGCGGCCCGGGAGGCGCUCGGCCGCCCUCACGGGUGAGACGACGAGCGAGAGCCACACUCCAGCGAGAGAAAGAAAACAGAGGUGGGAGGCUGAACUGUCUCCACAUCUGGUUUCUCCAGAGGAUUUCUGUGUUUGUUUUGUAAAGCAAUGGGAAAUCCAGAAAACAUCGAAGAUGCUUAUGUUGCUGUUAUUCGUCCAAAGAAUACUGCCAGUCUCAAUUCUCGGGAAUACCGAGCUAAGUCAUAUGAAAUUUUGUUACAUGAAGUUCCCAUUGAAGGACAGAAAAAAAAGAGAAAGAAAGUUUUGUUGGAAACUAAACUUCAAGGCAACAGUGAAAUAACACAAGGCAUAUUGGAUUAUGUAGUAGAAACCACCAAACCAAUUUCUCCUGCAAACCAGGGUAUUAGAGGAAAACGAGUGGUACUAAUGAAGAAAUUUCCUCUGGAUGGGGAGAAGAUGGGCAGAGAAGCAGCCUUAUUUAUUGUUCCAUCAGUUGUCAAAGAUAAUACUAAAUAUACAUAUACUCCAGGAUGCCCAAUUUUUUACUGCUUACAAGAUAUUAUGCGAGUCUGUAGUGAAUCCAGCACUCACUUUGCUACACUUACAGCAAGGAUGUUAAUAGCCUUGGAUAAGUGGUUAGAUGAACGUCAUGCACAAUCUCACUUUAUUCCAGCUUUAUUCCGACCUUCUCCUCUUGAGCGGAUAAAAACUAAUGUCAUAAACCCUGCAUAUGCUACUGAAUCAGGUCAGACAGAGAACUCACUACAUAUGGGCUACAGUGCACUAGAAAUAAAGAGUAAAAUGUUAGCCCUAGAGAAAGCAGAUACUUGUAUUUACAACCCUUUGUUUGGAUCAGAUCUUCAAUAUACAAACCGGGUAGAUAAAGUGGUAAUAAAUCCAUACUUUGGUCUCGGAGCUCCAGACUACUCAAAAAUCCAAAUUCCCAAACAGGAGAAAUGGCAGAGAAGCAUGAGCAGUGUCACAGAAGACAAGGAACGACAGUGGGUAGAUGACUUUCCUCUCCAUCGAAGUGCCUGUGAAGGAGAUUCAGAAUUACUAAACCGUCUUCUCAAUGAAAGAUUUUCAGUCAACCAAUUAGAUAGUGACCACUGGGCGCCUAUUCAUUAUGCAUGCUGGUAUGGAAAAGUUGAGGCCACUCGCAUUUUGUUAGAGAAAGGAAAGUGCAAUCCAAACCUUUUAAAUGGACAGCUUAGUUCUCCUCUGCAUUUUGCUGCUGGAGGAGGACAUGCUGAAAUAGUACAGAUUCUCCUAAACCAUCCAGAAAUUGACAGACACAUAACAGACCAACAGGGAAGAUCCCCUCUAAAUAUUUGUGAAGAAAACAAACAAAAUAACUGGGAAGAAGCUGCAAAGCUGUUGAAGGAAGCCAUUAACAAACCAUAUGAAAAAGUUCGAAUAUACAGAAUGGAUGGAUCAUAUCGUUCUGUUGAACUGAAGCAUGGAAAUAAUACCACAGUGCAGCAGAUAAUGGAAGGAAUGCGUCUCUCUCAAGAAACACAGCAAUAUUUCACUAUUUGGAUCUGUUCAGAAAACCUCAGCCUUCAGCUCAAGCCUUAUCAUAAACCCCUGCAACAUGUUCGUGACUGGCCAGAAAUACUUGCUGAAUUGACUAAUUUGGAUCCCCAAAGGGAAACACCACAGCUUUUCCUACGAAGAGAUGUGAGACUUCCUUUGGAAGUUGAAAAAAAGAUUGAAGACCCACUAGCUAUUCUUAUUCUCUUUGAUGAAGCCAGAUAUAAUUUAUUGAAGGGCUUUUAUACAGCUCCUGAUGCUAAACUGAUAACAUUGGCAAGUCUACUGUUACAAAUAGUUUAUGGAAAUUAUGAAAGUAAGAAACACAAGCAAGGUUUCCUAAAUGAAGAAAAUCUAAAAUCCAUUGUACCUAUUACCAAAUUGAAAAGUAAGGCACCUCACUGGACAAACCGAAUACUUCAUGAAUACAAGAAUCUUAGUACAAGUGAGGGUGUCAGUAAAGAAAUGCAUCACCUUCAGCGCAUGUUCUUACAAAACUGUUGGGAAAUUCCUACAUAUGGAGCAGCUUUUUUCACAGGACAGAUAUUUACAAAGGCAAGCCCCAGCAAUCAUAAAGUCAUCCCUGUGUAUGUAGGAGUGAAUAUAAAAGGACUUCAUCUCCUCAACAUGGAAACUAAGGCUUUACUCAUCAGUCUUAAGUAUGGCUGUUUUAUGUGGCAAUUGGGGGAUGCUGAUACAUGUUUUCAGAUCCAUAGUAUGGAAAAUAAAAUGAGCUUUAUAGUACACACAAAACAGGCUGGCCUUGUGGUAAAACUAUUAAUGAAGCUAAAUGGACAGUUAAUGCCCACCGAAAGAAAUUCAUGAGAGGAAAGCAGCUGAUAUUUAAGCCACCACAUUUUGUAAUGCAGAUUUUUUCCAUGAAAGAUUUCUUAAACUAUUACUUUUAAGAAGGCAUUUAGUCUCUUGUAAUAUAUAUGUAUACUGCUACAUUGUACAGAAUCUGUACUUCUGUUUGGUGUGUAAUAUACCAGUUAGUUUUAUAUAAUAUCCUCAUAAGCUAUUCUAAUUUUUGAGAGAAACACACAAAAAAGUGUAGAUUGAUCAUCUGUAUAUUAAUGGACAAAACAGUAAGCUUUAUAAAAAGUUAUUUUUGGUAAAUGGUAAAGAAUUUGGAGUGGAAUGUAAUGAAAUUAAAAUAGAGCUUUGGUAUAACUUUGUGUGUCAUUUCAAAAUAUACUGGAAGUCAACAUAUUUGAAUAAAAAAAUAUAUUUUCUACUUAAACCCAUGACACUAUUUCAAACAUUUUUCUGUUGUCCUAAAGAUUGCAGAUAAUUUUUAUAUAUCAUAAUUUAUACUUCACAUUAAUUUAUGCUUAUUUCUAAUGAUGCUUAAGUAAAUUGAAUGAGAAACCCUGCUGUAUCUCUAAUUCUGUGCUAAGCACUUUUGAUUCUGCAUAGACAAUGCCCUGUUCAGUUUCAUACAUUCCAAUGGCCUCAACUGAAUUACCUUGUUGACUCCCAGAUCUAAAGUUUCAGCCUCAAAUUCUCUUCUGAAUUGUAGAUCUUAAUUUCCAAUUUCCUGCUAUUCUAGCUCUACCUGAAUGGCAUACCAAAGGAACUUCUAUUUCAUCAUACCUGGAAAUAGAAUGUUUCCUCUGCUCGCUCAAUUAUGUCCUUCCACUUGUAUUCUCUGUUUGGUUAGUGGCAUCCUCAAAUUGUAUCCAGUUGCUUAGCCUGGAAAUCUUGGAGUGGUUUUCAACUUCUCUCUCCUUUAUCAUCCUAGACAUUUCAUAUAUUUGGUCUUGUCAAAUGUCUUGUGGGUCCUUUCCCAUUCCCUUCCUCCCUAGUUGCACUGCAUCCACCCUAGUUCAAGUCCUAACCACUUGUUCCAGUUUGUUUAACUUCCUCCCUGGCUUCCUGUGGCUGAGGCUUUACACUCUGCCCACAUAUCUGCCACACUAGUGCCAAGUUCACCUUUUUUAUAGACUAAUCAUUUCAUUACCUUUGGAAAACCUUUCAUGGUUCUUUACUACAUGUAAAAUUCCAGUUCUUUAGUACUGAAUACAGGGCCCCUAAUUACAUGGUCACUAACUUUCCUAUCUAGAUUAAUGUGUAACCACUUUUCCCACACUCAUCCUGUGCUGCAAUCCAGUGUUUCCUAACCCUGGCUCUGCAGUCAAAUGGGAAGUCUCACAACAUUAUGACUCAGUAAAUGGAGGGUGGGGCUCAAUGAUUUGUUUUUAAAGUAUCCCAUGUGAUUUUGAUGUACAGCUAGGGUUUAGAACUGCUCUGAUAACCAACCUUAGCAGUGAGCUAAAUGCUUUUCCCUUCAUAGAGGGAGAUGAGGAUGCAAUGAUACUACAUCAGACAACUCCCAGCUCCUCAGAAUACAGUGUACCCUCCUGGAGUUACACAGUAUGGCAGUCCUGUAAAGAAGGGAAGUCUGUUAGAGUAGGUUGGCCAUUAAAGGCUUACAGAUAUAUAGCAUUAGAAAGUCAAUUUUCAAGUACAGUAUUGAAGGGGAAAAAUUAUCAUUUUCUGUAAAACCAUAACAAACCAGAAAUAAACACUAAUGGAGAAAUACAGACAGGUUUUAAUGAGUGCCAAGGAUUGGGCAGGCAUUGAGUAUAUGUACACUGGGGAUAAAAGAUGCCAUUUCCCUUUGCAUCAUUAAAUGAAUUUGAGUGCCAUUUAUGUGCCAGUGAUCCAGUGGUUAAGAAAAACAAACCUUUUGCUUUUAGGAAGCAAGGUUUAAUAAGAGGAAUAAAUACUCAUGGAAAUACAUAUUUAUAAAGUCCAAUAAAUGUGUUGAAAGAAAAGUAUACUAUGUAAGCAUAUAAAGUAGGAAACUGGAUCAGCUUUAGAGAUGAGGAGAGGCAUGCCUGAGCAAGUGAUGCUUGAGCUGGCGGCAACCUAGGGGUGAGAAAGAAUGACAGAAAAACAUUUGAGGGAGAAGAAUAAUGGGGUGAGAUGCUUUGAGCCCAAGAAUGGCGCUAGACAAUUGAGAAAACUUUCUCCUUUUUAGCUAAAAAAGCAAAUUCAAACAAUUGUUUAUCCAAAUCAUAACAAAGAAUUUCCAUUGUAGAAAUAAAACCAGAGCAGCUAAUACUGCACAUGAUAAGUGUAUUAGAAAAAAACUUGAAGAACCACAUCUUAUAAGAUUAAAAGUUGCCAAAAUUGACCACCCUAUCAUUAGACUUGAUGGGAAUAUUUAACAGUAAGACUGGCCACGGUUCUUUUUUUAAGAUUUUUUAUUUAUUUAUUAGAGACAGAGAGACAGGCAGAGGGAGAAGCAGGCUCCAUGCAGGGAGCCCGACGUGGGACUCGAUCCCAGGACUCCAGGAUCACACCCUGGGCUGAAGGCGGCGCUAAACCUCUAAGCCACCGGGGCUGCCCUAGCCACAGUUCUUGACCAAAUUUAAUAGAUCAAUUGCAUCAAUAACAUUUAGAAUUUCACUUGAUCUUGAGGAACUCAAUAGCAAAAACUAACUGGAAGAAUUAAAUAUGGGGUGCCUGGGUGACUCAGUUGGUUAAGCAUCUGCCUUCAGCUCAGAUCAUGUUCCCGUGGUCCUGGGAUGGGGCCCCACAUUGCAUCCCUGCUUAGUGGGGAGUCCCUCUCCCUCUUAUCCCUCCCUCACUUCCUGCUUAUGUUCUCUCUCUCAAAUAAAAUCUUUUUUUAAAAAGGAUUAAAUAUAUAUAAAAAACUGAUUGAUGAAUCAUUUUCUUGCUUUAUAAUUUAUACAGAAAAAUACUCCCAAUGAAAAUAAUUUCAGUAUGGGACGCCUGGGUGGCUCAACAGUUGAGCAUCUGCCUUUGGCUCAGGGCGUGAUACUGGAGUCCCGGGAUUGAGUCCCACAUCGGGCUCCCUGCAUGGAGCCUGCU